AUGAGUGACCGUCCUGAACGUCCACCUGUAUGGGUUAGGGGUGGAACGCCGUACUUUUACCAUCCUCGCCGGCCAUCUGUGCCAGCAGAAGUGACGAACGAAGAGUUACGAAGAGCAUCCACUACCUCUAGCAUCCCAUCUGUAACUGGCAUUGCACCCGAGAGAUCAGCUUCGAUCUCAUCUACCGUCUCUGCCACCCAAGCAUCUCAGUCUCCGGGUGUAGCGUCGACUCUGUUCCCAUCCAUGGCAAAGGAGCGUUCGGGCUCUAUUUCGUCUGAAUCUGGAGCUGGGCCUGAACAGGGUGCUUCGAAGAGAAAUAACUCGCGCUCUGAGCAAUCUUACGCAGGCCUGAUGACGCAGAAGCGCAUGUCUGGUGAUCCUCUCUUUGCCAAUAGGAGGGAGAGCUGGAGAGAACAAGUAGUGGGUUCUGCACCGGAUGAUAGGAGAUUCCUUAGUCGUUGGUGGGAUAAGUGA